AUGGUUAAAGAGGAAUGGAGAGGAUUGGGGGAACUACAGUUCACAGAUAAAUUGAAGGCUCUGACAAGACCGUUGGGAAGAUGGCAUAAGGCAAAUUUUGGUAAAAUGGACAAGAAGAUUAUAAAGUUUGAGGAAGAGAUCAAGAGGAUUGAUGAUAUGGUUAGCAAUGGAGUAUAUGAUGGAACACUGGAGGCUAGAAGAAAGGCGCUGGUUAAGUGCUGUGAGCGAUGGUAUGUGAGAAAAGAAGUACAUUCGAAGCAAAUGUCGCGGUCUCAGCACGUGAAUGAUAUGGACAGAAAUACAAGAUACUUCCACAAUAUAGCUUCAGCAAGAAGGCGGAAUAAUAGAAUUGAUACUCUGGUCAUCAAUGGCAGGCUGGUUAGGAAUCAGGAUAGAAUAAAGAUUGCUAUCAGAGAGUUUUACAAGGAUUUAUAUCAUCAGGAAGACUCUCCUAUUAUGGGAUUCAAAGAUGGUCUGGUGGUUCAAAUAGGCGAGGAAGAUGCUAUGGCUCUAGAAGUGCUGCCGUCGGCUGAGGAGAUCAGAGAGGCUGUAUGGGACUGUGAGUCAUCCAAGGCACCAGGGUGUGACGGAUACAACAUGAACUUCAUCAAGAGAUGUUGGAAUGACGUUGGAUCUGAGUUCAUGGCUGCAGUGAUGGGGUUUUUCCAGACAACCAGGCUACCGGCAGAUGCUAAUAUCACUUGGGUGGCGCUGACACCUAAAUUCAUAGGUGCGAAGGAGAUUAAAGACUUGCGACCUAUUAGUAUGGUGGGGUGUGUCUAA